CAGACAAAUGUUCUGAAGAAGACCCUGCAUGGGAAUGGCUUGCCUUACAAUGACAGAAAUGGAAGGAACAUCCACAUCUCCUGUGCAUCAGAAUGGUGAUAUUCCUGGAAAUGCUAAUUCUGUGAAACAAAUAGAUCCAGUUCUUCAGGUGUAUCUUUAUCAUUCCCUUGAGAAAGCUGAGGGAGAUUACCUGAAGUUUCCAGCUGGGGAGUAUGUUGCAGAAGAAAUUUGUGUUGCUGCUUCUAAAGCUUGUGGUAUCACACCUGUGUAUCAUAAUAUGUUUGCUUUAAUGAGUGAAACAGAAAGGAUCUGGUAUCCACCCAACCAUGUCUUCCACAUAGAUGAUUCAACCAGGCAUAAUGUACUCUACAGAAUAAGAUUUUACUUUCCUCGCUGGUAUUGCAGUGGCAGCAACAGAACCUAUCGACAUGGGAUAUCUCGAGGUGCUGAAGCUCCUCUUCUUGAUGAUUUUGUCAUGUCUUAUCUUUUUGCUCAGUGGCGGCAUGAUUUUGUGAAUGGAUGGGUAAAAAUACCUGUGACUCAUGAAACACAGGAAGAAUGUCUUGGGAUGGCAGUGUUAGAUAUGAUGAGAAUAGCCAAAGAAAAGGAUCAAACUCCACUGGCCAUCUAUAACUCUAUCAGCUACAAGACAUUCUUACCAAAAUGUGUUCGAGCAAAGAUCCAAGACUAUCAUAUUUUGACAAGGAAGCGAAUAAGGUACAGAUUUCGCAAAUUUAUUCAGCAAUUCAGCCAAUGCAAAGCCACUGCCAGAAACUUGAAACUUAAAUAUCUUAUAAAUCUGGAAACUCUUCAGUCUGCCUUCUACACAGAGCAAUUUGAAGUAAAAGAGCCUGGAAGAGGUCCUUCAGGUGAGGAGAUUUUUGCAACCAUUAUAAUAACUGGAAACGGUGGAAUUCAGUGGUCAAGAGGGAAACAUAAAGAAAGUGAGACACUGACAGAACAGGAUUUACAGUUAUAUUGUGAUUUUCCUAAUAUUAUUGACGUCAGUAUUAAGCAAGCAAACCAAGAAGGCUCAAAUGAAAGCAGAGUUGUAACUAUCCAUAAGCAAGAUGGUAAAAAUCUGGAAAUUGAACUUAGCUCAUUAAGAGAAGCUUUGUCUUUUGUGUCAUUGAUUGAUGGAUAUUAUAGGUUAACUGCAGAUGCACAUCAUUACCUUUGUAAAGAAGUAGCACCUCCAACAGUGCUUGAAAAUAUACACAGCAACUGUCAUGGACCAAUUUCAAUGGACUUUGCCAUCAGUAAACUGAAGAAAGCAGGUAAUCAGACUGGACUGUAUGUACUUCGAUGCAGUCCUAAGGACUUUAAUAAAUAUCUUCUGACCUUUGCUGUUGAGCGAGAAAAUGUCAUUGAAUAUAAACACUGUUUGAUUAUAAAAAAUGAGAAUGGAGAGUACAACCUCAGUGGGACUAAGAAGAACUUCAGUAAUCUUAAAGAUCUUUUGAAUUGCUACCAGAUGGAAACUGUUCGCUCAGACAGUAUAAUUUUCCAGUUUACUAAAUGCUGUCCUCCAAAGCCAAAAGAUAAAUCAAACCUUCUAGUCUUCAGAACCAAUGGUGUUUCUGAUGUACCAACCUCACCAACGUUACAGAGGCAUAAUAAUGUGAACCAAAUGGUGUUUCACAAAAUUAGAAAUGAAGAUUUGAUAUUUAAUGAAAGCCUUGGCCAAGGCACUUUUACAAAAAUUUUUAAAGGUGUAAGAAGAGAAGUAGGAGACUAUGGUCAACUGCAUGAAACAGAAGUUCUUUUAAAAGUUCUGGAUAAAGCACAUAGAAACUAUUCAGAGUCUUUCUUUGAAGCAGCAAGCAUGAUGAGCCAGCUUUCUCACAAGCAUCUGGUUUUAAAUUAUGGAGUAUGUGUCUGUGGAGAGGAGAAUAUUCUGGUUCAGGAGUUUGUAAAAUUUGGAUCACUAGAUACAUAUCUGAAAAAGAAUAAAAAUUCUAUAAAUAUAUUAUGGAAACUUGAAGUGUCUAAACAGUUGGCAUGGGCCAUGCAUUUUCUAGAAGAAAAAACCCUUAUUCAUGGGAAUGUGUGUGCCAAAAACAUUCUACUUAUUAGAGAAGAAGACAGGAAGACAGGAAAUCCUCCUUUCAUCAAACUUAGUGAUCCUGGCAUUAGUAUUACAGUAUUGCCAAAGGACAUUCUUCAAGAGAGAAUACCAUGGGUACCACCUGAAUGCAUUGAAAAUCCUAAAAAUCUAAAUUUGGCAACAGACAAAUGGAGUUUUGGUACCACUUUGUGGGAAAUCUGCAGUGGAGGAGAUAAGCCUCUGAGUGCUCUGGAUUCUCAAAGGAAGCUACAGUUUUAUGAAGAUAGACACCAGCUUCCUGCCCCAAAGUGGACAGAAUUAGCAAACCUUAUAAAUAAUUGUAUGGAUUAUGAACCAGAUUUUAGGCCUUCUUUCAGAGCCAUCAUACGAGAUCUUAACAGUUUGUUUACUCCAGAUUAUGAACUAUUAACAGAAAAUGAUAUGUUACCAAAUAUGAGGAUAGUUGCCCUCGGGCUUUCUGGUGCUUUCGAAGACAGGGACCCUACACAGUUUGAAGAGAGACACUUGAAAUUUCUUCAGCAACUUGGCAAGGUAAGUUGUCAGAAGUUUCUCAAACUGUUAGAGUACAAUCAUACA